UUUACUCUCUCUCUGUCUCUGCCUUAUCAUCAUCAUCUCUGAGUGGAAGCUUGAGUGAGAGCCAUUGUAGAAGUGCUCCUAGAAAAGGAAGAAGAAGAGAAGAAGAAGAAGCCAUGACUAUGGCUCUUGCUUCUUCCAAAGCUUUUUCCUCAAUCUUCUAUACUGUAGCUCCAAUUAACCGGUCGUAUUUUGUGUUAGCGUGCUCCGGUUCGAAUCAUAUAGACGUCGUUGAUCGGAGAAGAAGAAGAAUCGUCAUCUUCGGUUCGAGUUUGGCGCUCGCGUCGACUCUGCUUGGUUCCAACCAACAGAGACUUCCGGUGGAAUCUGCGAUCGCAUUGGAGCAAUUGAAAGAAAAAGAAGAUGAGCUUGAGGAAGAAGAAGAUAGAAAUGUCAAUCUCUUUCAGAAAACUUCAUCGUCUGUUGUUUACAUAGAAGACAUUGAGCUGCCUAAAACGUCUUCUGGUGAUUUUACUGAUGAGGAAAAUGCAAAGAUCGAAGGCACAGGUUCAGGCUUCGUUUGGGAUAAGCUUGGUCACAUUGUAACAAACUAUCAUGUCAUUGCCAAGUUAGCUACAGAUCAGAUUGGUUUACAACGUUGUAAGGUGUCUCUAGUUGAUGCUACGGGAACAAGAUUUACCAAGGACGGGAGAAUUGUGGGUCUUGAUCCAGAUAAUGAUCUAGCUGUGUUGAAGAUUGAAACCGAGGGUCGCGAACUAAAUCCGGUUGUUCUUGGUACCUCGAAUGACCUACGCGUAGGUCAAAGUUGCUACGCGAUUGGGAACCCAUAUGGAUAUGAAAACACCUUGACAAUAGGGGUAGUGAGUGGGUUGGGAAGAGAGAUACCAUCACCUAAUGGGAAGAGUAUUCGAGAAGCUAUUCAAACAGAUGCUGAUAUUAACUCAGGUAAUUCUGGAGGGCCAUUGCUUGAUUCUUAUGGCCAUACUAUAGGCGUAAACACUGCAACGUUCACCCGAAAAGGGAGUGGUAUGUCUUCCGGUGUGAACUUUGCUAUUCCCAUUGACACAGUUGUCCGAACAGUACCCUACCUCAUUGUGUAUGGAACAGCUUACAGAGACAGAUUCUGAAGAAAAAACAAAACAUCUUCUUGUUGUUGAUAAUACAAUAUAAGAGGUUUCAGACUUUCUGUCUUCUAAAUGUAAAUACAAAAAAAUUCCAAAAGAGUUUCCGAUGCAUGUAUGUAUACAUUUAACUUCACAAAAACAUGUGAAACAUUGGUCAUACAAGGACAUGGAAUAUAGUUUUUGAA